AUGGUCUUUGAUGUGGUUAUAGUUGGGGCGGGACCCUCUGGAUUGAUGGCGGCUGUUUGGAUGGCUCAAUUAAACAUCAAGACCCUCAUCAUCGAGAUGAAGUCGUGUAGAACGUUGACGGGGCAUGCCGACGGGCUCGAAAGUAGAACUCUAGAGAUUCUGGACAGUUUUGGUCUUGCUAGUAUCAUCUGGAAGGAAUCCAACCGGACCAUGGAAGUGUGCUUGUGGCACCAUGACUCUCGAGGAGACUUAUGUCGCGACAGCGUCUCGCCCAACUGCAACCCGGGGCUGUCUAGAUUCCAGGAAGUCACUCUUGGUCAAGGUCGGAUUGAAGAACGUCUGCUCGAAUUCAUCGAUAAAUCCCCAAAUGUGCAGAUCAAAUGGAAGACAUCACCACAGGAACUCCUCAUCCACCAAGACCUCGUGGAUCUUCACAGGGAACAUGCUGUUGAGCUACGGCUGGACACCGAUGUGACUGAUACCACUGGAAACCAGUCGGUCGUGCGCACCAAGUACCUUAUCGGCUGUGAUGGCGCCCACAGCUGGGUUCGCAAACAAUUGGGGUUAAGCCUAGAGGGGAAGUCUGCGGGUAACGGCGACUGGGGCGUUCUUGACUGUAUACCAACCACCGACUUUCCUGACAUUCGCAAACGGUGCAUUAUCAAAUCCCAGGCGGGCAAUGUUAUGAUUAUUCCCCGAGAAGACAACCUCGUACGCUUCUAUGUUCAACUGCCCGCCAGAUGUGCGACUCGAUUUCGGAGAGACCGUCGGCCUUCGGUUCUGCUGUCGAUUCUUGGUGACGCUCUGAAGCCGUAUUACCUCGUCACCUCUCACGUCGAGUGGUGUACGAUUUAUACGGUUGGACAGAGGUUAUGCAGUGAUUUCUCGGUGCAAGAUCGAGUCUUUCUGUCUGGGGAUGCUGUCCAUACCCAUUCGCCUAAGGCCGGUCAGGGAAUGAACGUCAGCAUGCAGGACACCUACAACUUGGGCUGGAAGCUGGCUUCAGUUUUGAGAGGCGUAGCUACACCUGCCAUUCUGCGAACGUACCAGGAAGAAAGACUGCCUGUCGCUGAACGAUUGAUACGUUUUGAUCGCCGAAUGUGCUUGGGUAUAUGCUCCGGUUCAGACCAUGCUUUGGCCAACCGAGAAAAUCUGGCAGACUUGAAGGACGAGACCACGGGACUCGAAGAAACCCUCUCAGAGGAGAACACGACAGCCUCAGGGCUGAGUGUCACUUAUCCCCCGAAUCUCUUGGUGACCGCCACCCGGAUUCCUCCCUCGCGGCCAGACAAGCAUGGGGUCCUCUACUGUAGCACGCCUCACCUUGCUAAGAACAUUGUAAUUGGUCGACGUCUGCCCGAUGUCCUUGUGCUCUGUCAAAGUGACUCACAGCCAUGGUAUCUCCAAGAAAGACUCCAGAGCACUGGUCAAUGGCACCUGCUUGUUUUCGGGGGCGACGUCAGCAAGGCGUCGCAAUUGCAGCGGGUGGAAGCCCUGGCAAGACAGCUCACGCGCCCUACCUCCAUUCUUGCCCCGCUCUGUAUGCCAGGGGCGACAACGGCCGUGGGGUCAGUAGCAGUGUACUUGAUCCAUUCCGCCUCUAGAUUCGAUGUCCAACUCAUGAGCCUACCUCCAAUAUUCCGCCCCUAUGACGAUCGGAGGGGCCGUGAGUAUCGGCGGGUCUUCGCCGACAACGAGGGGUUUGCACCGCGCUGUGGCAUGGCCUACUCGCUCUAUGGUAUCGCUCCUGAGGGCUGUGUGGUGUUAUUGCGUCCUGAUCAACACUGCUCCCUAGUUGUUUCAUUGGAGGACGCAGACACUCUAGAACGAUUCUUUUCACUUUUUGUACCGGUGAAUGUGAAUAGAAGCGAGCGAUAG